AGCGCGGCAUUUCGAGGCGGCCAGUCUGCAGUUGGCUUUCCGCUGGCAAAGACGCCUCGCAAGAAGAGACUCGGGAAAAUCUGCUGGUGAAGAAAAAAGGAACGCGACUCGCGAGUGUCUGGCAAAACGAAAACGAAUCGAAUUGAAUCGAAUCCAGGCUAGCAUUUGGCUUAACUUUCAGUUUCGCCUUUAUUUUGGCUACGUUUUUUGGGAUAUCAACACGCCCAUUCAAAAUUUUAUGUAUAGUGAUUUUUUGAUCCAUCGGUUCGCUCUCAAUCCGCUGCUGCGUGUGUGUUUGAAGUGACAUUCGCUUUUCAAAAGCGCUGGGAAAACGAAAACUCGCAAGGAUUUCACUUUGAGCCGCGCUGCUGCCGGCUUCCAUCGGAAUUGCCAUCGGUUUUGAGGGAAAGAGAGAAAUAUCAAAACUAGUUCAAGGCAGCUGUGCUGUAUCUUUCAGAUACAGAUACAUCCGCGCACAUGGAGCUAUCGCUGUCAGCAAAAGAAACGGAGAUCCGUCCCAACACCAUUCCGGACCUAAAGGUGGAUGCCACAUUUCGGAAGGUGGCUAAACAUGCGAUCACCUUUGCGAUUUGGAAGAUAGACGAGGAUCGGCUGGAGGCAGUACCAAGAUCACAUUAUGGCACUUUCUACGAUAGCUGCGCAUACAUUAUCUAUGCAGCAAGUUUGUCGGGGCAUUAUGCCAAUCACGAAACCAUCACACGCGAACAGAAGCCGAAUGUGAGUCUUGAGCGAUAUAUCCACUACUGGCUGGGCAAGAAUGUCAGCGAGCAGAAUCGAUCCAAUGUUGUUCAUAAAAUCCAGGAGCUGGACUCGUAUCUGGGAAACAUAUCCUCUAUUUACCGGGAGACCCAGAAUCUGGAGAGUGCGAGAUUCCUUUCGUAUUUCAAGAAGGGUUACGAUGUUCGAUCGGGAGCACUAAUAAGCGCGCCCAAGAGGCCACGCCUUUUUCAAUUGUACGCCCGCAAAUGGUUGCGAUCCAUUGAGGUGGCCACCAUCGAUUGGUCGCACUUUAACUCGGAUUACGUAAUGGUCCUGCAAACGGAUACACUUACCUACGUAUGGAUAGGCCGCUCCAGUUCGGGAAUCGAACGACGAAGUGCCCUCGACUGGGUCCAAAAGCACUGCAGUGGAUCGCCAAUCACUAUAGUCGAUGAUGGAUAUGAGCAGGCCAUGUCCCAGGAGCACAAGGAGCUGUGGAACACCCUGCUUCCGCUCAAGAAACGAAUGGUCUGUCAGGCCAGUCAAUUGGUCAGCGAAUACGCCGACUACAACAGCAAUAAAUUCCGCAUCUAUAAGUGCAAUCAACGGGGAAGGCUGCACCUGGAUCAAUUGGAUGUGGGCAUGCCAGCUAAAGAUGAUCUAAGCGAUGCCCAUGGAGUCUAUUUGCUGGACAACUACGGCCAGAGUGUUUGGUUGUGGGUAGGAGCCCAGGCACCUCAGGCAGAUGCACUCUCUGCCAUGGGAAAUGGGAGAGCUUUUGUUAAAAAGAAGAAAUAUCCGGAUAAUACGUUGGUGGUGCGAGUCCUCGAGGGUCACGAGCCCGUGGAGUUUAAGCGUCUCUUCGCCAACUGGUUAAAUGUUUGGCAGGAGAACACCAGGGGACAUAAGCCAGUGUCCACAAAGUUUGGAAAGCUAGAUGCCCAUUCCCUAUGCGAACGCCCUAAAAUGGCUGCAGAUACACAGCUCGUUGAUGAUGGCAGGGGUGAAAGAGUAAUCUAUCGUGUCUUGGGAGAUCAGGUGCAAGAGGUGCCCAUCUCAAAAACGGUUGUGUUCACCACCAAUGCCAGUUUCGUGGUCAAGUACAGCGUGCAGUGCGCCACUGUUGUUCCCGCGGAUCUGGCCUCCGUUGGCAUUAAAACCAUCAUCUACCAGUGGAAUGGUUCGGAGGCCUCUGCGGAGUCCAUUUCCCGGGCGGACAAGUUCGCCAAGGCCAGUUUUGAUGCGCUCAAGGAGCCUGGAAUGUUUGUACAGCUCUAUGAGUUCGAUGAGCCGCCGCACUUCCUUCAGAUCUUCGAGGGAAAACUUAUUAUCAGGCGCGGUCAGCGUAACGAGAUGCCUUACAACGGCAGCUCGGAUGCCUUGCUGGAUACCUUUCUGCUGAAAGUCUACGGCGAUGCUAGCUACAAUGCCAAGGCUGUGGAGGAGACUCAUCUGUCAUCGAUCAGCUCCAAAGAUUGCUAUGUGAUCAAAACGAAUCAUGUUUGGGUGUGGUGCGGGCAAAGUAGCACGGGAGAUGCCCGCGAGAUGGCCAAAGCAGUGGGAGCUCUGAUGGGGGAAAACUCUCUGGUCCUCGAAGGCAAGGAAAGCAAGGAGUUCUGGCAAUCGGUGGCCAUGUACUUCAACCAAACUCUAGUGAUUAACGGAAAUGGCAACUCGUGUUCCAGCAGCACCAGCAGCAGCAGUGGCGCCGGCAGCAUGUGCAAUGGAAGCUCCAAUGGUGGUAACAUUUCACCCACUCUCAGCAACAAUUGUUACCUAAACACCAGUGUUCCGAGUAAACCGAGACCGCCUGUUCAACUAUUUCUGGUCUGGUGGCAACAGAGUGCGCUGAGAUACGAGGAGAUUCUCGGAUUCGACCAGCAGGAUCUCAGUUCGGAUUGCACCUAUAUUCUAGACACUGGCAGCCUCACCUACGUCUGGCUGGGAUCGCAGGCCCCAAACCAGGAACGCUACACAGCUAUUGCCCAAAGUUAUGUCCAAAAUGCUCCAUUCGGACGCAGAUCAGCGACAGCGUUGGCCGUGGUCAGGCAGUUUCAGGAGCCGAAUGUUUUCAAGGGAUUCUUCGAGUCCUGGCAGAAUGAUUACGGCAAGAACUUCCAUUCCUACGAGGAAAUGCGCAAGGAUCUGGGCAACAAAGUGCCCAGCAAUUGUAGCCUCGCAAGCGAAGGAUCAGCUCUGAUCCUUAACAACAGACAGAAGGACUUUGAUGGUCACAAAAAGUAUCCGCUAACCGUGCUCAUCCAGGAAAUGGACAUGCUGCCACCAGAAAUUAAUCCGCUCAAGAGAGAGGUUCAUCUCACACACGAUGAUUUUGUGUCCGUGUUUAAUAUGUCCUUUUAUGAAUUUGACGAGCUGCCGAAAUGGAAGAAAAUGGAGCUGAAAAAGCAAUUCAAGCUUUUUUAGACUUUGAACUUGUUGAAAUGCGUGUAACGAGUGCGCACUGUACAUAUCCCCACUUACUAUACAAUGAAUACUACGAAGAGAUAGUAGCUAUUGAAGCUAUUUAUGUUAAACAUACACAUUUUACGUAGAUGUAAUAAAGCAAAAACAUGAAAGAUAAA